ACAGGUGAGGGGAGGAGGACAUAAUACUCCCCGUCCAGAAGACUGCUUCACAGACAGAUAUUUACCACUCUCACUCUGGCAAUAAUUAGCCACAUUAGAACAAGGAUACACUUUAAAGUCUGUGGUCCACGCAGAACGACUUCAUUUAACAACACAGAAACCACAGAGAGGAAAGACCACAGAGAGGAAAGACCACAGAGAGGAAAGACCACAGACAGGAAAGACCACAGACAGGAAAGACCACAGACAGGAAAGACCACAGAGAGGAAAGACCACAGACAGGAAAGACCACAGACAGGAAAGACCACAGAGAGGAAAGACCACAGAAGGAAUAUCCACAUUCUCCUAAAAGGCUCCGAGCAGAGACGAUACAAAUGGAAGAUCCCAUUGACACCGCCAUGGCCAUGUUCUCUGAUCAGUACCUGUCGUCCAAUGACAGUUUACUAUUCAACAUCACUCCAACCCAUUUCCCCCGCCUGCCACCCAUAAUAGACCAGGCCAUCAGCAUCACCACCAUAGUGAUCCUCUUCAUCACCAUGGUUUCACUGGGCUGUACCAUGGAGGUGCACAAGAUCAAGGCCCACAUCCUGAAACCAAAAGGAGUAGCCAUCGCAUUGGUGGCCCAGUUUGGAGUAAUGCCCCUCACUGCCUUCUCAUUGGCUAAGGUGUUACAGCUGGGGCCGGUAGAGGCUGUAGUGGUGCUGAUCUGUGGAUGCUGUCCAGGGGGAAGCCUCUCCAAUAUAUUGGCCCUGUCUCUGAAGGGAGACAUGAACCUAAGUAUUGUGAUGACUACCUGCUCUACAGUUCUAGCCCUGGGUAUGAUGCCACUGCUCCUCUACCUGUACUGCCAGGGCUUCUCCAACCUGGAGAGUGCUGUCCCCUACGCUAGCAUCACUCUGACCCUGGUCAUGACUCUGUUCCCCUGCGGCAUCGGCAUCCUCAUCAAUUACUACAGGCCACAGUACUCCAAGACUAUUACUAAGGUUGGCCUGUCCCUCCUGUUGAUGGCCACGGUGGUGAUUGCCCUGUUGGUCAGCAUGACCAUAGGAGGGAUGGAUUUGAUGCUGACCGUCCUGUCCCCUCCACUCAUAGCCACCGCUGCCCUCAUGCCCCUCAUUGGCUACACCUUCGGAUACGUCCUGUCAUACCUCUUCAAACUCAACGGAUCGGGGCGGAGGACCAUCUCCAUGGAGACAGGCUGUCAGAACAUCCAGCUGUGUUCCACCAUUUUGAAGGUGGCAUUCCCUCCCGAUGUGAUUGGUCCCCUCUACCUAUUCCCAAUGGUCUACAUAGUGUUUCAGGUGGGAGAGGCCUUACUGCUCAUUGUCCUGUUCAGGGUUCGCGAGAGGUUCUUCAAAACACCGAAGACAGAGAAGCAGGUGUACGAGGCAGUGGAUGGAAAUCAGAUAGACUGAGUUGAUGUCAGAAAUGGUGGUCUACCAAGGAUUCAGGCUCCCAAAACCUGAUGAUCUACCAGAUUACAAUGAGGAUUUAACACCCAGUAACUGCACAUACAAUGACUCAUGGCAGCAGGCGUUUUGAAGGUGGAGUGAUUGUGCCUAAUUGACUACACUGUAUACAGGUGUAGAAGUGUAUGUGGAAUUAACUGAAAAGAUAAAACCUGUCUAAACUACAUGAUUAGUUCUGAUCAAGGUUGUGUCAAUGUUUGGACAAGCUAUUGAAAACAUUGUAAAAUAGUCAUGUGACAUUUUAUUACUGCUACUAUUUAAUUACAUAUGGUUUUAAGCUAAUACUAAAAGUGGCACAAUUCUUUGUUGAAGUUGAACUUCAAGUUAACACCGUCUUUUGAUGCUAUAUUUAAAAAAUGUCAUUUGUCAUCUGCUUUGUUAUUAAUUUUUUUUUUUUUUUUUAAAUACAAAUAACCUUCAUAUCAAACACUUGGUGUAAAUAAAAAUUAAAAUCAGA